GGCAGACAGAUCCGCCCGGCGGGCGUCUACAAGGCCGUCAGCCAAGAACUCAAGCACGCGCCGAUGCCAGGGUACGCCGUGCCCGCGCCGCCGUGGUUCGCCGUCAUGAAUUCGGUUCCGCCCUCGGAGACGCUCGUGCGCAACGUCACGCCGCGCCACCGCAUGCCCAACCCCAAGGCCAUCAGGGCCGGCGGCGGCAGCGGCAAGCCCAAGAAGCUGUUCCGCCCGCAGAGCGUGUCGUACCCGGAGGAUGCGCUGCGGACGAGCUUCUACAAGGACCAUCCGUGGGAGCUGGCGCGGCCGAGGGUCGUGCUGGAGCUGGACGGCAAGGAUUAUCAGAGGUGUGAUUGGAGCAAAGGGCUGCGGCAGCCGGGGAUUCCCUUGACGGGCGAGAGUGUCGUACAACGUCAGCUGUGGUUGAUGGAAAACGAACUGGUGGACGGCGUCAAGAUGAGCAAGCGCAAGGCGUACGACAUUGUCCGCCGCGAAUUCUACAGGCUGCGCCAGGAAGAAGAGGUGGAGAAGAGGAUAGCGGUCGAGGAGGCGCGCUACGUCGGCGCCUACUUUGGCAAGACGAGGCUCGACGUGGGCAUGCAGCUCGAGGACCAGGAGUACGAGAACUGGAAGAUUUGGGCCGGCAAGGAGACGGCGAACCGGGAGGCCAGGGCCAGCUCGGAAAUCGAGACGUUUGGGCUGGAGGAGGAGGAGGAUGCGGCGCUG